CUCGAAUAUCGGAAACAAACUCGAUCUGCGCAUGGACUAGGAGGACCUUCAGCUAAAAUUUCAGUUCUUAUAGGUUCUGAGAUCCUUGCGUUCAUACAUGCGGACAGACGGACGGACGGACGUUCGGACAGACAGACGGACAUGGCUAAAUCGAUUCGGCUGUUGAUGCUGAUCAAGAAUAUAUAUACUUUAUGGGGUCGGAGAUACUUCCUUCUUCCUGUUACAUAUAUUUGCACAAAUACAUUAUACCCUUUUUACCCAUUUUCAAUGGGUUCAGGUAAUAAAAAAAACACUAUUAAUCCAUUUUAGUUUUCUCCAGACUCCUGGCUCCAGACUCAGGCAUGCCCGCCCUGCCUGAGUCGGACUCUUAAUCCUCGUCUCCCUCAUAUUGGCCUACAUCAGCCUGCGUCGGCAGUCAUGCCUUCCAAUGGAAGGACUUAACGGAACGGACUCACUCAAUUAGGGUUGGUUGGGUUCCGCCCGUUGCAGCUCGCAUCAUUGUCUUUCUUUUUGCGCCGCUUAAACUUUUUGUGUUUUCAUUUUGAGUUAUUAAAACGAAUCUUGGUUUUUUUUAUAGUUUUAUCUGUUUGCCCGACACAAUCUUUUUUACUGAAUGCUUAUUCGAUUUUACUCCCAAUACCCCGACGCUGCCGAUAAUAUCAAAUGAAACAACACCAGAUUAUUGUAAAGACAUAGACAAAAAUAAACGCUGCACUGAACAAAAGGCGGGCACUGCUACUGCCAACUUCUGACGAGGAGCUCUUCUAAAUCGUAGGCGUUGGCGCCUACAGCUCGAACGACGCGCCUAUUUAGAAACUUCCGGGCAAACUUGGCUUGGCAACUUCGAUCGCAUGCAGUGUGCAGGUAACUUGACCUCGGAUUCCAGGAUUCUUACCAGCUUAUAGCUGGAACCAUUCAAGUACAUGUGCUGACGAAAUACCGCGACGAAGGGAGUCACCCCCGUAGCGCUAUGAACCGCAUUCCGAAUCGCCACCUCAGGUAGGUGCGCAUCCUAAUCCUUAUGAUUCUGAUCCAUAUAUUCCAUGACCGACUGUACCGUUCGGAUUUUUGAGGUGAGUACACGGGGGAGAAUGUCUAAUGCCUCUAUUGCCUCAAAUGACUUGGAUAUGAACUGCCACCCAUUAUACGGGUGGAUCACCUCAGGCAUGCCGAAUUUGAAAAACACUUCAUGCACCAGGAUGUUCAUAACUUCUGCUUCGCUGUCUUCUCUCAUGGCCUUCAGGAACGUAAACUUCGAGAAGUGGUCUAAGGUGAUGAAUAAAUUUCCCCAGAAUAUCUUCAAUGGGCAUUGGAAGUUCAGAGGAACUUCACUCGGAACACAAAGUCCUCGCCGAAGUUCAUAGCGUCCUCACCGUCAAACGACGUUAUACCGUUCGCCUUUUUCUGUACGUUGGCAUACGCUUCCUCCGGCCGACAGUCAUCCACUCUCCGCUCUUCUGCCCGGAAGUGACGAUUAUUAGAGUUAGGCAGUCCCUUGCCAUCUGUGUUGAAGACUGGGCUGCUGGACGAAUAAUCUGCUUCAUGCGUGCCUUGCCUCAGUGGCUUCGGUACCACCGAAAACGUAGUGAAAACGUUCAAUUCUGGAAACCUUCGCGAUCCUUCGAUGGCGCCCGCUUUCGGAUCCGGCACGAUGGGUCUCGGUUGCGCCGGCGCAGCGUUGGGCUCUCCGGCAUGGCUCCCUGGCGUCCUGAGCACAUCGAUGAUGCCCUUCAUCAUCUCCAUGAAGGCUGCCCGCUGGACUCUCUGAUGCCGGAUGGUAUGAUAGGUGUGAUAGGUAUGAUAGGACAUUAAAGGUCUGAUCCGACUCAAAUUGGCAAUGGUAGAGAUCUUGUCGCAACGACGGCCAGUGAGACCUUCACAUUUAGGAUGGAUCAUAUUCUCAUACAACCAACAAUUAAUAAAUUGCGACUAUGUAAAAAGUGCAAGGUUUAUUGCAGCACUGCAUAAUGGCAAAUGGGAUUUGACGAAAAGAAAGCUGCGAGAGCGCAAAACGAAAACAAAUAACGGCGAACAAAAAUAGAACAAGCAGUACCAAAAUCUGGCGAGAGCGCGAUGCACAAGAAGAAUAUGCACAAGCGAACAUACGCACAAGCAAGUGCAUGCCAGGGGAGCGCCAAAAAAAAGAAAAAUGCUCAAAACAAAAUUAACAACGA